UUUUUUUUUCCUCAUGCGCUUCGCUGAGUUCUGUCUUCUGUGGAUUGAUUUUGUCGGGAAAAAAACCGGAGUGCACGCGUUUUGCCUUUCUUCUGCGAAGAAAAUUGAAACAAUUUCCAGGCAUUUGUUCAAUUUCGUUUGUAAUUUCAACUGAAGUAUACGUUUUGUGCUGCAAACAUGGUCGCCAAGACAGCAGUGAAAGCAAUGAAGCCGCAGGGACAGGCAUACAAGGACAAAAGCAAACCGGCUGACAUCCGCCAGAGCAACAUCAAUGCAGCCAAAGCCAUCUCCGAUGCUAUCCGUACAAGUUUGGGCCCGCGUGGUAUGGAUAAAAUGAUCCAAUCCGGUAACGGUGAGGUCACCAUCACCAACGACGGCGCCACCAUCUUGAAGCAGAUGAACGUUGUCCAUCCGGCAGCCAAGAUGUUGGUGGAGCUAUCCCGUGCUCAGGAUGUUGAAGCUGGAGACGGUACCACUUCGGUGGUGGUCGUAGCAGGUGCUCUGCUGGAGGCGGCUGAAAAGCUGCUUCAGAUGGGUAUCCAUCCGACGGCAAUUUCUGACGCAUUUCAACGUUGUUCCGCUAAAGCUGUUGAAAUAUUGACUGAAAUGUCACGGCCAAUUGAGCUGAGCGAUCGUGAAUCGCUCAUCAAGAGUGCUUCUACAUCUCUUAACUCUAAGGUCGUAUCACAGCACAGUAGCCAACUCGCACCGCUUGCUGUCGAGGCUGUGCUCAAGGUUACCGAACCGGGACACGAAAGUGGUGUUGAUCUUAAGAAUAUAAAAAUUAUACGCAGCUUGGGUGGAACCAUUGACGACACUGAAAUGGUUGAUGGAUUGGUGUUCACUCAACGUUCAAGUGGUGUCAAUGGGCCGAAACGAGUCGAGAAGGCGAAAAUUGGAUUGAUUCAAUUCUGCAUUUCCGCCCCAAAGACGGAUAUGGAUCACAGUGUUAUAGUUUCGGAUUAUGCAGCGAUGGAUCGUGUACUGAAGGAAGAGCGUGCUUACAUUCUGAACAUCGUCAAGCAAAUCAAGAAGUCUGGCUGUAAUGUACUGCUGGUUCAGAAGUCCAUUCUUCGUGACGCUGUUUCAGAUCUGGCUAUGCAUUUCCUUGACAAAAUCAGAGUCAUGGUUGUUAAGGAUAUCGAGCGAGAGGACAUCGAGUACGUUUGCAAGACCUUGAAUUGCCGCCCGAUUGCAUCACUUGAUCACUUUCUGCCAGAGCACCUGGUCAGUGCUGACAUGGUUGAGGAAGUUUCUAGUGGAUCGAGUAAAUUUGUCAAAGUCACCGGUAUCCAGAACAUGGGAAGAACCGUAUCGAUUGUAGUGCGAGGUUCAAAUAAACUGAUUCUGGAAGAAGCCGAUCGUUCAUUACACGAUGCUCUGUGUGUUGUUCGUUGUCUUGUGAAGAAGCGUGCAUUGAUUGCUGGUGGAGGAGCUCCAGAAAUAGAAAUGGCGCUUCAGCUGGCAGCCCAUGCACAAACACUGGAAGGAGUUGACGCUUACUGUUUCCGUGGAUUUGCUAAUGCUCUGGAGGUGAUUCCUUCCACGCUCGCUGAGAAUGCUGGUCUAAACCCAAUCGGAACCGUCACAGAACUACGCAACCGCCAUGCUCAGGGUGAGAAGAACGCCGGAAUAAAUGUGCGAAAAGGAGCUAUCACAGAUAUUUUGGCGGAAAAUGUGGUGCAGCCCCUGCUGGUAUCCAUUUCGUCUAUCACGCUUGCUUCGGAAACAGUACGAUCAAUUCUGAAGAUCGAUGAUAUCGUUAAUACUAUGCAGUGAACUGUUUUCAUCUAAUUUUUUUUCAUCUAAUUUUAAAUUCAUCUUCAUAUUUUGCGUUUUGCACCGAGUGUAUUGGUGCAAUGUUCAAUGUGCAAACAAUUUGCUUAUAUGCUUUGUAGUAUCCUAAUAUUACUAAAAUAGUGAUAAUAAAAUCCUCACAUCAAAA